AUGGCUGUGAAAAAUAAUGAUUUUGAUGCUGUUGUAAUUGGGACUGGUUUAGGGGGUUUAGCAACAACCUUGAGAUUAUUGAAUUACAAUAAGAAAGUUAUUGUGCUUGAUAAAUCUCCGAAACAUGGAGGUAAUUCGAUCAUGGCAUCGUCGGGUAUCAAUGGAGUUCCAACAAAAUUUCAGCCCGUGAUUGGAGAUUCGGUUGAAUUAUUCAUCGAAGAUACUUUGAGAUCUGGAGGAGGUUUAACUAAUGAAUCUUUAGCUAAAUUAUUAGCUAAAAACUCCAAGAAUGCUAUCAAUUGGUUAGUUGAUGAAUUGGGAUUGGAUCUACUGAUAGUUUCCCAAUUGGGAGGACAUAGUAUGCCCAGAACGCAUAGAGGUCCUGGAGGACCCCCUGGUUAUGAAAUUAUCACUUCUUUAUUCAAUGACAUAAAGAAUCAUCCUAAUGUAACCGUAUUAAUGAAUAGUCGUCUCACUAAGAUUAUCAUGACAGAGGAAACUGACAUCAAUUGGCCAAGUGUCAGUGGGAUUGAGUAUCAAGAUGUAAAUAGCGGAGAAAUCAACUUCUUGAAAAGUAGAAAUUUGGUAUUGGCAACUGGAGGUUACCUGGCUGAUAUCUAUUCAUCUACUUCUUUGAUUAGAAAAUACAGACCUGAGUUGAUCAAAUUUCCUUCGACAAACGGCGAUGCCACCACUGGUGAUGGCCAGAAAAUUGCUGAAAGAGAUUGUGAUGCAAAGUUGAUAGACAUGAAGGAAGUACAAAUACAUCCAACAGGAUUCGUCAAAUUCACCCCUGGAGAAAUGGAUAAGGGCAAAAAGAUCCUUUGCGGAGAAUUAAUCAGAGGUAUAGGUGGGAUAUUGUUAAGUCCUUUAACGGGGAAAAGAUUCGUCAAUGAAUUACAAACCAGAGAUGUUUUGUCUUCAUCAAUCUUGAAAAAUUGUCAUACUAAAGAUAUUUUUCAUUCCGAAGGUCAAACCGCUUUCUCCGUAAUAGCUGUCAGUAAUGAGGACUAUCAUAAAGCCAUGUCUCAUGUAAAUUUUUAUAUGAAGAUGGGAUUGAUGUUCAAAGGAAAUGUGGAAGAUUUACAUAAACUAAUGACUCAAAUAAACCCAAACCUCUCGAUAACAAGCUUGAGGCAAGCUUUGGUUGAAUAUAACGAUGCCAUGGAAAAUGGUGACAACUGGGGAAGAACCCAAUUUGGAUCCAAAUUUGAAGAGUCUGAAUUCUAUUUUGGUAUAAUAACACCCGUGUUACACUAUACCAUGGGAGGUAUCCAGAUCGAUCAUCAUUCUAAUGUUGUUAGAACUGAUAACCAUGUUAUUUCUAAUUUGUAUGCAGUAGGAGAAGUUGGGGGUGGUUUACACGGGCGGAAUAGAUUAUCUGGUAGUUCUUUGUUACAAUGUGUUGUGUUCGGAACCUUGGUAGCUGAACACAUAUCAGAAUUAAAGGGGCAGUAA